AUGCCGAUUCCACCCGCGAUUCUUACCCCGGACUUCUCCACCCCGACCGAGUCCGUGUACCCUUCCCCGCUCCGCCAGACCCUCGGCCAGUCGGUGCAGUACAUCAGGACGAGCACGCCCCCACCGGAACCGAAGGGUGCGCAUGGUAGUGCAGAUGUGACCGCACAACAGCCGAACGGUGUCGUGCUAACACCUCCGCCGACAACUGUUAUCGAGGCUUCCAAGCGCCUGGCCGCCUGGACGGCCGUGGAUAGACAUGUCCUCCCACAGUACAAGGUCAUUGGUAUCGGGUCUGGCUCGACCGUUCCUUACGUCGUCGAGCGCAUCGUCGCACAGGGUCGCGAGAUGAACAAGGACCGAGUGUUCAUACCGACGAGCUUCCAGUCGAAGGAGCUCAUUGUGAAUGCGCAUCUGUUGCUCGGUGAUGUCGACCAAUAUCCCAUCAUCGACAUCACGAUAGACGGUGCCGACGAAGUGGAUGAGACGCUCAAUUGCAUCAAGGGAGGAGGAGCGUGCCACUUGCGUGAAAAGGUACUGGCAGAGGCGGCAGACACCUUUAUCAUUGUCGCUGACUACCGCAAAAACUCUGACGUCCUUGGAAGGAACUUCAAGCAAGGCGUGCCUAUCGAGGUCGCCCAGUUCGCGUACGCCAAGCUACUGCAAAACGUGCACCUGCUAGGCUCGCCCAAUGCCGUACUCCGAAUGGCGCAGGGAAAGGCGGGCCCGGUCGUGACUGACAACGGCAACUUCGUUAUCGACGCCCCCUUCCCCGAGGAGAUGAUGAAGGACCCGUACACGCUGUUGACACGCCUCAAGAUGCUCACGGGCGUUGUAGAAGUCGGGCUGUUCUGCCACAUGGCCAAGGCAGCGUACUUCGGCAAUCAGGACGGUAGUCUCACUGUCAAGUGGCACGACGGUCGGAUCGAGAGGAUCGAUGCUGGUUCAAGUCCGGUACCUCAGCCUGCCGAAUAG